GGAACUUGCCAUAUUGAACAAUGGCUGAUGGAAUAGCCAUUGUUGGCAUUGGGUGCCGGUUUCCUGGCGCCACCUGCCUGGAGGAAUUUUGGGAUAUCCUUGCAAAGGGAGAGAACCAUGUGGUUGACAUCCCCCCUGAGAGGUGGAACAUGGAUGCCUUCUAUGACUCUGAUGUCAAUGCUGUAGGGAAGAGCUAUGCUACGAAAGCAGGGCUAUUAAAGAACUUCGAUCACUUCGACAACAAACUUUUUAAAAUCAACGAAACCGAGGCUGCCCAGAUGGACCCCCAGCAGCGCCAGGUGUUGGAGUGCACGUACAUGGCUCUGGAGGACGCCGGCAUCACCAGACAACAAAUAGCAGGACAGAAAGUGGGAGUCUACAUAGGUUCCAUGACGGUGGAUUAUGGGGAUUUGAUCUCUACCAAAUCACAAGACGUCACCAACCACACUGUGACAGGCCAGGCCAGGUCUAUAAUAUCCAACAGGGUGUCCUACGUGUUCAACCUAACAGGACCUUCCAUGACCAUAGACACAGCGUGUUCCUCAUCCAUCGUGGCAUUACACCAGGCAGGACUGGCACUCAGGGCAGGUGACUGUUCUAUUGCAAUUUGCGGAGGUGUGAACAUGUUAAUUCACCGCAUAUUUUAUCAAGUUAGCAAAGCUCAGAUGUUGUCUCCCACUGGACAGUGUCACGCCUUCUCAGCAAAUGCAGAUGGUUACACCAGAGGAGAGGGAUGUGGAAUUAUCAUCGUCAAACUCCUAAGUCAGGCUUUGCAUGAUGGUGACAAUAUUUGGGGAACUAUUGUCACGGGGUUGAAUCAAGAUGGCCGCCAGGUUACUCCCAUCACAGCACCAUCAGGGAAACAACAGCAGGAACUGCUCAAUGACAUCUACACACGGCAUGGGAUCGACCCGACUGAAGUAGACUAUAUUGAAGCUCAUGGUACUGGAACCAAAAGAGGUGACCCAGUAGAAGCUUCAGCUCUGGGAACCUUCUUUGAGAAAUAUCCACGCCAGCGCCACAUCGGGUCAGUGAAGACCAACAUCGGCCAUCUAGAAGCAGCUGCGGGUGUUGCCGGACUCAUCAAGGUCCUGUUGAUGAUGAAACACGGCACCAUUGUGCAAUCCCUUCACUUUGACAAGCCCAAUGAAGCAAUAGACUUUGACAGAUUUCAGUUUGUAGUACCAACGGAAAAUACUGACUGGAAACGUCAUAAAAAGAUUGCAUGUAUCAACUCAUUUGGAUUUGGGGGUAGCAACAGCCAUGCUGUGUUAACAUCAUUUACAAUGGAAACACCAGUUAUGAAUGACAUUGCCCUACCAGUUUGUUUUUCAGGCUCCAGUGAGAAAACGUUAAACAAGUCAAUAGCAAAAUUCACUGAAAGUGGUAACAGUUCUUCUUUCAGUGAUGUUGCUUACACUUCAUGUAUGGCAAGAGAACAUUUUCCGUUAAGAAAAGCUUUCUUUGCAAACAACCAUUCUAUUCUGAUAUCUCAAAUACAAGAAGAGUUACAAAAGAGAAACCAGCCAUCUUUUUCGGAAAAAGAAUACGUUGUUUUUGUUUUUUGUGGCAUGGGAACAGCCUGGGAAGGUAUGUGCAAUGAUCUCAUCUCCAACAAUGAUCAGUUUAAGGAAAACAUUUUGGAAAUUGACAAAUCCCUCUCCAGGUUUGUUCAAUGGUCCCUGAUGAAGCGGCUCCUUGAAUGUGAUGAUGUGAACGAUCCUCUGUUCGGUCCAAUAGCCAUUUUUGCUUGCCAGGUAUCUCUCGCUCACCUGUGGGAAACCUGGGGGGUGAAACCUGCAGCUGUUGUAGGUCAGUCAGUUGGGGAGGUGGCUGCAGCACAUGUUGCAGGAAUCCUGUCCUUGGAUGAAGCUGUGAGGGUCAUCUCCCACAGGACUCGGAUCCUGGCUGAAGCCACGGGCGGAAAGAUGAUGCUUGUCCGGAAUGUUGAGACAGAACAAGUAAAGACAGCCUGUAGGAAAAUUCAGAGCAAGAUAGAUGUAGCUCUUUAUUACAGCCCAGUGUCGUGUACUAUCAGUGGGGAUGAGAGGGCCGUUCUGUUAGUCAAAGAGGAUUUGAAGCAUUGUUCAAGUGGUAAUGCUCUGUUUCAUGAGCUCCCUGUUACAAGUGCGUUCCACAGUCACUUUAUGGACUCAGCAAGAGUUCAGAUUGAUGAAAUCUUAUCUGAUAUCAAGACAUCUGAGAUGACAAGCAGAUUUGUCUCGACAGUUGAUCCUGAUAUGGAUGAAAGUACAGUUAUGUCAAAGAUCUAUUGGGGCCUAAAUGUAAGAAGUCCUGUUAGAUUUUGUGAUGCAAUCAGAAGCACCGCACAAGCAUCCAAAAUGAACAUUUUUGUUGAAAUAGGCCCACGGACUGUACUAAAAUCACAUCUACGGGACAUUUUCAGAGAUUCUACCCUCUCUGUUACAUCCAUUCCUUCUCUUCAUCCCGAAGCGAGAUACGGUGAUAUUCUCCAGUCACUUAUCGUGUUGUAUGACUAUGGAGUUAACGUCAAAUGGGACACUUUCUUUCCUGAUAAGAUGCAAAAAACAAGCUAUCCAUCUUAUGUCUUCAACUCUAAGCCCCUGUUACUGGUGUCUGAAAGUAAGCAAAAGAUGCUAAAGGGUCGGAAGGAAACUGAAGGAGAUCAUUUGUUCAUCAGAGGCAACACAGAGUCAGCAAGCUUAGUCAUUGAUCCUCAGAGAUUCAAGAGUGUUUUUGAACACAAAGUAAAACGAACAAUCAUUUUACCAGGUGCCGUCUAUGCUGAGGCCGCACUUACCUUAGCAAGAAUGAUUGACAUAUAUCACCUAUGUACAAUCAAUGUUUCUGUGGCCUUCAGAAGCCCAGUCAAUCUGAAAUCUGGAACAGUGACAAACCUGGAUAUAGAACAAUCUCACAGAGAAGUUGACUCCAGCAUUUUGAGUACAUUUGUUUUGAAGAAUGGAAGGACAGUCCACGCAGAAGCAAUAAUAAGGCAAACACCUGCGGAUGAACCUCCAGAGAGAGUUGACCUUGGGCCAAUCAAAGAAAGAUGUAAACACUACUUAAGUGGAGAGGAAGUGUAUCAACAUUUAGAAGACAAUGGUUUCAGCUACGGUGAAAUGAUGUCCGUUAUUUCAAGCAGCCAAACAGCUGGAAAAGAAAGCCUCACUGUACUUGAAGUUGGAUCUCAGCUCCAGAGAGAAGCAGAUCACACAAUUCUUCACCCUGCAAUACUAGAUGGCAUGCUACAGACGCCUGCGACUGUCACGCAAGUGAUCAAAGAUAUGCUCCCAUACUCUGUAGAUCAUUUGAUAGUCAAGAGGAAGACAGAAAGAAAAAUGUUUGUGUACUUGAAAGUAUUGCAUGAAAGUGAAUGGUAUGUGUGCUAUAGCCUGUCACUGCUGACAACCGAUGGGUAUGUCAUUGCACACGUUGGAAAGUUUACAUUGAAAGCCAUGGGUAUAGACGCGUUUGAUGUCAGGAGUGUUGCAUACACAAUUGAAGCAGAAGAAAUACAUCCUGAGCAUGACUCUGACAGCAUAACAAACCUUGUUAUGUUUAGUGAUGAGAUGUCUUUGUCAAAGACCCCAAACUAUCCAUGGACAGUUCACCAUAUGUCCAUUUUACAUGGCGAUAGCUAUGUUCCAGACCUUCGAGAGUCAUCUGGAAUAGUAGUAAUGUUUCAAUCCAAGCCUCACUUUGUUCACAAUGGAAUGGAAAUGGAGAAAGAAUUGGAGGAGAAAAUCAUGCCUCUAAGAUCUCUUAUACUUAAAAUGUCACAGCAUGCCAUCAAGACACCCUUGCUCAUUGUCACAAUGGCAACACCAUUAGACUACCAAAGCCCAGAUAGAAAAUCUCAUGCACUUGCUUGCAUUCACGAAAGUAUUCGGGCAUACAUCAGAUGUGUCAGGAGGGAAUUCACAAGGCUAAAUGUAAAAUCACUGGAUCUCAAUGUUGGUAACAUGGACCAAUACGACGCAACUAUCAUAAUGUCUGAAAUCUCGCAAGUCUUGAAGGUCAAGGGUCAUGCUGAAAUCGAAAGCCUUCAUAGACGAUUGUAUGGACAGACGUUUCAAAAGGAACCCAACUCAACACCGCCAUUUAGACUGGACAGAAAGAUUGCCAGUCUGGAUACUGUCCUCUAUUCAACUUCUUCUGAAGAAAUAUCACAGCCUUUCUUUACAAUGUCAAGACACAUGCAAGAAAGGGGCAAAGAUGACAUUUUGCUUUCUGCACAGUGUGUAGCAGUUCACUCUAAAUUCCUGUCUAAACAAGUUCUGUAUCCUCUUGACAAUGGAGGCUACAUGGGAACCAGCAAGGGAAAUCCUGUAGUCACAUUUGAAUCAACUGGCUUUGCACACGGACAUAGCAGAAGAAAGAUGUACAUUACCUGCUAUCCACAACAGGUGAGAUAUGAACACUAUGUCCCAAUGAAAUUUGCACUGAAUGUCAAACACUUAGGAGGUCAUUUUGAGACAGGAUUUAUGCUGAAGCUGUACUGUCUAUGGCGAGUGUGUGGUGAGUGCAGCAUGAAAGAUGUGGUUAUACUCUACUCACACCAGACAAGGAAAUAUGCAGAAAUGAUGGAAAUCAUAUUGUUGUCAAAACAAACCAGGACAGUUUCUUUACUAACUCCAGAAGAAAUACCAAGCCACAAAGGACAUCAUGUUCUCAUAUCAACUACUCAAAUUACAACAGAACUAGCACAACAGAUUGUCCUUGCAUGUGACUGCCUUGAACAGCUCAUAUCCUUAGAGAAGCUGAUAUCACUCAAAGUGAUAAAUUUGCUAAAGUCUGUAAAGCCAAGACUGAAAAUAGCAAUUGUCAGGACCCAAGAGUUCCUUGCCUUCUGUCAAAUGGAUGAACAUAUUCCAAAGCUAUACACAUGGAUAAAGAAAAAUAAACAGAAUCUCGCAAAGAUAUGCGUUUUGUUUAGGGACUGCAACGACAAUGCCUUGAAACACCACCACAGUGCUCCUAUUAACAUCGCAGAAAUCCUAGAAACAUGGGAGUUCAACAUGCAAGAGAACAACAGCGUCACGACAACACAGUUAAAGGUACCUGAGAUUCUCUUGUUUGACAGAAGGGGAAUGUAUCUUGUUGUGGGUGGAAUGACAGGACUAGGAUGGGAAUGUGUCUUGUAUCUGGCAUCCAAAGGUGCUGGGUGCAUUACUAUUAUCAGCAGACGUAAUCCAGAUCCAAACAAACAAGAUGAAAUGAAGCAUGUGUCCGAGAUGUAUGGAUGCAUUGUUACAUCUCAGUCAGCUGAUGUCCAAGAUAUCAAGGAAAUAGGAUCGGCUUUGAAGAAGCUAGGAACCCGUUUCCCUGCCUAUAUUUUGAAAGAGGUAUUCUUUGGAGCUGCUGUUCUAAAGGAUGGAAUUCUUUUAGAAAUGACGAGAGACAAAUUCAAGGCAGCUUCUUCUCCCAAAGUUGCUGGAUCCUGGAAUCUGCAUAUCCUGACAGAGCAUCUCCCACUGGAAUAUUUUGUGCUGUUUUCAUCAGUAGUAUCUGUCUUUGGAAAUGCUGGACAGACAAACUAUGGUGCUGGGAAUGGAUUCAUGGAUGCCCUAGCUCAUGUCAGGAGGCAAAAUGGCAAGUGUGGUCAGACUGUUAACUGGGGUCCUCUGAAUAUGGGCAUGCUGCAAGAAAGACAUAUAAAACAAAUGGAAUCGUUUGGAUACGUUCUGAUACACAAGAGAAGUAUACCUGACUGUCUCACACACAUCCUUAUGUUGAAUAAGCCACAGAUCAUUAUGUGCGGUCUCCAGUUGGUAAAAUUUGGACAAAGCCUUCAAAGAGAGACCAAUGUGGAGCUGGAGUCUCGAUUUAGAUCGGUCUUGUCUCCAUUUAAGGCAGCACUGUCUUCAGCUUCACCAAGUAAUGUGGAAACAUUUAACUUUGAGGAAAUGAAGAAAAUGUCAAAGGAAAAUGUUCUAGCCAAACUUGUGAAGUACGUGAAGGCUGUGGUUAUUGAUGUAGCUAUGCUUGACGAAUCCUCUCUAGAUGUGGAGCAAGGAACCAGAGAUCAGGGAGUUGACUCAAUGAAUUUCAUGCAAAUUACUGGGAAAAUCAUGGAUGAUACAAACGUACAGCUAUCAUCAACAAAAUUGAAUGUUGAAAACGCAUCGGUGACUCAAAUCUCAAAGUACAUUUAUGAUGAAUGGAUGAUCAAAGGGAAUGGUGAUCAGAAACAUGAGCAGUCUCUUCCAGUCAAAUAUUCAUUAGAAUCUGACUCAGUUCUUACCUCAGGUGAACAGUUCGUUUUUGACAACUACAUGAGAGAUCCAAACCAUAUAUCACAUUUUUUGAUUGUGGAAGUGGAAUUGCCUGAUGUUUUAGAGCCAACGUCUGUCAAGAAAAUGCUCCAGGAAAACGUCAGACGACACCCAAUCUGCAGGACAACUUUUCAUGAUGUGAAUGGAGAAGCAAGAAAAUCAAUGCUGAGUGCCGGGGCUGAUAUUGACUACAGGAUAGGUGAUCUGACAAACCAUCCUGACGUAACACGUCUCACAGAGGAACGGUUUUAUCUUGACCGACAAGGACCAAUACGAUUUGUCUUUGUGAAAGGAAAUCCCCCACAUCUCAUCAUUGUCUUUCACAGAAUUGGCUUUGACCACCGGGGAAUUACAGUCUUCGUAAAUGACUUCAUGAAUAUAGGUCAAGCUUUCUCACAGGGACAGUCUCUGAGUGAUGUACAAAGUGCUCCAGAUAUGCCCAUUGGUCCAGAAAUAAGGACAAUCCUUCAACCAAGAUAUGAACAGAUAAAGGAAUUUUGGAUAAAAACACUUGAAACAGUUCCAUACAUUUCCUUUGCAGAUAGGGCCGUGUCCUCCACACCACAAAUGGACAGUAUAAGUGUACAGAAAAUUAUAUCAGCUGACCUGUUCCAGAAGUUGAAAUCUUUCACUGACAAAGAAGGGUUGUCACGGUUCAAGUGCCUCGUAGGACUCGUUCAACUUCUUUGGUCAACCAGAGCAAAUGGUCAGAAAUUUGCCAUGUCAACAUACGUUGAUCAAAGAAUCUUUAGCCCAAAGUUAACAACAUCUGUUGGAAGAGGAGUUAAUUUUACACCACUGUCCUGUGAAGUAACAGAUGAUGGCAAAUUGACAGUUGUUACAUUUCUCAGAGAGAACAGUAUCAUGCUUGAAAAGUACAUAGAGAAUGGAAUAUUUCCUUUUGGGGAUUUGAUGCAUUUCCUUCCAGAGGAUGACUACAACAAUGUAAUGACGUCUUUUGUCACAUUUGGGACUGAUGAGAUGAGGAACAUGGGUGAAGGAAACGAUAUGCGAGGUGACUUUGGUGCCACUGUUCGGGUGAAAGCAUUAUUUGGCCCUAACACAGAACUGUAUUUUGACAUCCUCAACAGGAAAAUGUCCAAGACAAUAGCCAUUGUCUUGUAUGCCCGGAAAGAUUGUUUCACAGAGAAACGCAUUCAUAUGAUCCUCAACGCAUUUUUGGGCUUACUUGAGGACACUCUAGCAAAUCCACACAUUACAGUCCGGACACUACACUCAAAACCAUACAUCACACAACUUCAAGACAAGAAAACACGUUUCUGA